UGCAAAUCAUUUAUCUAUCUAUUUAACGACUGACUGAAAGACAUUGAACUAAGCGACAUGUAGAAUAUGCUCCCAUACGUUGUGUAGUGUUACUGAUGUACAGUGCCACGAAUGUUUUUGCGAACCGGUUAAAGCGAAUUAUUAGUGAUUUAUUAUCAUGAAUUCGUUUUAAGGAAGAAUUAUAAAUUAUUCUUGGAUUAAUUACAAUCCCCUAUUGUUUUGGAUUUUGUACAAAAAGGAAGUGUUUUUAAUAUAAUUAAUCCUGGCGCCUAAACAAAAUGCUUCCACCAUAUUCGCACAAGGAUUCACGCAACAUUGGCAGCCGUAUCAAGGAGAAGCUUCUUGGUUGGAAGCGUUUAAUUUUUUCUGACAAAAAUACCAGGAAUUUAUUUUUGUUUUCAGUUUUAAAUUUAUCUUUUGCUUUCGUUGAGUUAUCAUACGGAUUAUGGACAAACAGUUUGGGCCUAAUCUCAGAUAGUUUCCAUAUGUUUUUCGAUUGUACCGGCUUGUUAUUUGGUUUGGUAGCAUCGGUUAUCACAAAAUGGAGAGCCAAUGACCGAUACUCUUAUGGUUAUGUACGUGCAGAGGUAUUAGGCGGAUUCGUUAAUGGAUUGCUAUUGUUAUUCAUAGCUGUCUUUAUAAUGUUUGAAGCUGUUGAAAGAGCUAUCGAGCCACCUGAGAUAAAACACGAAAGACUUUUUACUGUAUCUGUGAUGGGACUCAUAGUGAAUUUAGUAGGAAUAUAUGCCUUUCAACAUGGACAUGGGCAUGGCCAUGGUGGUCAUGGGCAUUCUCAUUCUCAUAGUAGUGGGCAUGGCCAUUCUCAUUUGAAUCAUAAUCACAGUCACAAUCAUCUUGAUAUUGAAAUGGAUCCAACUUUUACUGUUAAUAAUUCUCAAAUUAUGAAAGGAGUUUUUUUACAUAUAUUAGCAGAUACUCUGGGAUCUGUAGGAGUAAUUAUAUCGGCUGUUUUGAUGCAAAUGUUUGGUUGGAUGAUAGCUGACCCUAUUUGUUCCAUGCUCAUUGCAGUAUUGAUAGUGUUAAGUGUAGUUUCAUUAAUGAAAGAAUCUUGGGAGAUUCUUAUGCAAAGACAACCUUCGGCUUUGGAUCAUGUUUUACCACAGUGUUACAAUAAAGUGACCCAAUUGGCUGGAGUUUAUAGUGUACAAGAACCACAUUUCUGGACACUUUGUUCUGAAGUUUAUGUUGGUUGUAUAAAACUGGAAGUAGCACGAACUGUAGAUCCAAAGUAUGUGGUUGCGCAUACUCAAAUGAUUUUUCAAGCAGCAGGUGUGAGACAACUAACGGUGCAAUUGGAUUAUGCACCUAUGUGAUCUAUCAGAAACGUGCGUAUUGUAAAGUGUUCUUAUAAAUGCUCCAGAAGUGUAUUCAUUUGUCGAAUUUGUCAAAAAGGUGCAAGAAGUACAGCUCUGACGCAAACUAUUUUUGCGAUUUUGAGUCUGUGCGGUUGCUUAGUUUUUAAUAGAGGAGAAUAUCAAUUUCAAUUACAAAUUAUUUAAAGAAUUAUAUAUAAUUUGCCAACUGUCAGCCAUUGGAGCCAUCAAUAUAGGACCCUUUUAGUCCUAAAGCUCCAAACUGCUGUUUUCUAGCUUUUUGAGCAUCAUGCUCUAUAGAAAUUAUAUAAAUCCAAACAAUAUUGCAUUUCAUUAUAUAGUUAAUAAACUUUUACUUUUGUGCUUUUAAAUUAAUGCGUAUAGAUCUCUUUUGAGAUCUGGAUUCUUUUAUGAUUACGAAAUACAAAAAUGUUCUUGUAACCGAUAUCUAUUGACUUGAAAAUUUAUAGAUAAAUUAUCAUUUUCAAAUAUUAAAUCUAAUCAUAAGAUUUUCAUUUUUUAUAUAUUUCUGUAAAGAUGCUCAUUUUCAGGUUAUGUUAAUGGUUUUUACCAAUAUAUUAUCAAUAUAUUAUCAAAUAUAUUUAACAAUAAAUAAAAAUAGAAGAUUUUUAAUAUUUCGUUGAAGUAAUUUAUAUGAAAUAUGAUUUAUAUAAAAUACUUAUUUUAUAGUAGAAGUGUUAUUCCAUUAUAAAUUACUAUUCAAAUAUUGUAAAAAUAAUUUAAGUCGAAAACAAUUAUAAUUAUAUUAAAAUCAAUAGAAUUAAUUCCGAACAAAUUUUUUAAGGAACAUCUGUUAAGCUGGAUUUUUGCAUUUAAAAAGAAAGAAGAAAAAAAAAGGAGAAAUUGCUCGAUAUUUUCUAUAUAUUUGUGCAUUAAUAUAUAUGUUAUUGUAAUUCAUUUUCUUUAUCAAUGGAUUUUAUUUUGCAAGAGUUACUUUUCAUAUAUACAUAGGCAAGUGUGAUGCAGUAUUACUAAUGAACUAGACAGAAAAUUACUAUAAAUCAUUAUGCAAUUUUAGGAUAAAAAAAAAAACAACAUUUUUCAACCAGAUGUGCAGAUUCAACCAGAAAAUGCAGCUUAUAGUAAGAAAAGAAGAAAAAAGAACAAAAUAUUUACAUUCCAUGACGUAGAUCAAUCAUUAACGAAGAUUUAACCGACUAACUUUUCCCGCCAAAAAUCUGAUCAAUGAUAAUCGCAUGAAAUUCCAUUGACCUCAUAAGGAACGAGUCGUUGUCAUUUUAAUUUGCAAUAAUUAAUAUUAAUAAAACAAACAAAA